AUGGCGCCGCUCCUCGUCGGCCCACCGUCUCCAGCACUACUACUGCCACUACAGCUACUGCUCGCCGGCCGGCAGCCCCAGCUCAAACUACCACGACGCGCACCUCGACGAGCGCUGUCAAGCCCCCCGCAGCCUCCACCACCCGCGCCAGCGCUGUAG